ACAUCUUUUAAUACCCCCUUUUAAUGAAAGUGAAAACAUAAUUAAGUGAUGUGAUUGAUUAUAUGACGAAAUGCACCAAGAGAAAGCAAAAGAUCCUUUACAACUGGCGCAGUGAGUAGGAUGGUGUCGUCAUUGAUCGUUACAUUGCUGAUUAUAUGUUCGCUUCGUUAAUAGGGGUUUCUUAUCUAAGAGUCUAAUUCAUUGUAUAUCUUUUAAGGAAAUGACUUUCUGUCGUGGUGAUGAUACUGGUGAGUGCUUGUAAACCACGGGCAUGCGCAGAAGGGAGGUGUAGGUGAGGCAAGUGAUGUUUAUCGUUAACUAUAGUGACAGUGUAUUUUCUCGUGUGUAAAUGAGAGAAUUGUUUUCGCUGUGUUUCCUAUAGUUCGAUGUUCGGAAGUCGUAAUUCGCUUCCCGUACUAAGUUACGUGUAAGGGUCGAGUGACUGCUAAAUACUCGUGCCUCGUAGCUGUGAUUAUCAGCCUUGUAUUGUGCUGUGGAUGUCACGUUUGGAGUUGUUCUCCUAUUUAUUUGUGGUAUUUUAUUAAUAACGUUAAUUGUUUGUUAAAUUGUUAUUCAUUUAGUUUUGUUUGUUCGAAAUUAACAUGAAGUCAGUUACUGAUACUUUGAGAGAAGCUCAGGCUCUCGGUUUGAAUCCAGAAGCUGUAGAAAGAUUACUAGAACAGGAGCAAGCAAGAGAGGAACGCGAGGAGCGAGCUUCUGAACGAGAGAUGAAAAAAAUAGAAUUAGAAUUAGCAGAGGCUGAUAAGCGACGCUCUCACGAACUCGCUAUGGCCCAGUUAGCAUGUUCUAAUGCCGAAAGUAAGAGUACGUCUCUUCAAAUGUACGAUAAUUUAAGAUUGCCUACCUUUCACGAUAGUCAAGAUGAAAUAGAUAGCUACUUGCAGAGAUUUGAGCGGUUAGCUACUCUACAUAAAUGGGAUAAACAAGAUUAUCACGUUUAUUUAGGAUCAGUUUUGAGAGGUCACGCAUUGAAAGUAUACGUAUCGUUACCUGACGAGACGGUGAAAGACUAUGAGAAGUUGAAGGAGGCUUUACUCAGAGCUUACUCAGUGGAUGCCGAUAUGUAUAGACGUUUGUUCGGGGAGAGUAAAUGUGGGGAGAAAGAAUCUUACAUUCAAAUGGUAGUUCGAAUGGAGCAGUACUUAGACAGAUGGAUUUCGUUGAGUAAUGUUGAAAAAGAUUAUCAUUCACUUUUUGAUUUUUUAGUCAGAGAACAGAUUCUUAAUAAUUGCAGUGCUGAUUUAAGGGUGUUCUUAAAAGAACAUGAUUACAAUAGUGCUACCGAAAUGGCAGAGGCUGCGGAAAGGUACAGGAGUGCGCAUAAUUUUCGCGGUCGAUCGCAGAGGUUUUCUCAGCCAAAUAAGACUGUAGCGAAGGAUAAUGUACCGAUUUGCCAUGGGUGUGGUAAGACUGGACACAUUAGGCCUCAGUGUCCUGAUAAUCCUAGAAAUUAUAAGAAAAUGAGCACUAGUAAAGUUAACUUUGUUUUUGAGUCUGAACUAAAACCAAACAGGUGUAUAAUUGAUGAUAAUGGGUAUGUUUUCAAUAAACGAGCUGAGGUAAUGUUAGAUUCUGGUUGCUCUACAAUAGUUGUGAAAGACAGUCUCGUUCCAUCAAAUUAUAAAUAUGGGAAACUCGUUAAGGUAUAUGAUUACUUGGGAAUUUCUAAUUAUUUUCCUCAAAUAAGGUGUUUUAUCAAAUCGAAGUUCUUUUCUGGCUGGGUUAAUGCCAUAGCAGCGCCUAUAAAAUUUGCAGAUAUAUUAAUUGGACUUUUUCCAGGUGUUAAAAUCCCGCCUGAAUCAAAACCUGAUGAAUCUUCUGCCAAUCUUGAUCUUGAUCGUUUCGAAUCGUCUGGAGAUCAUUUCCCCUCUCCUAAGUCUCCGAAUCAUUUGCCUAAGGUGGCGCUGCUGAUGGGACGGUCUACCUCCUUCGGAACACGCGAAGUUGAAAUUGGAAACGCGCGCACGUGAGAGAGAUGGGGAUGUGGUUCUGGCGGUGCCGACAUCGCAGCCGCCUGUGCUUCGGGGGCGAUUUGGGGCCGAGGACCGGCCAGGGCGGGGGGUCAAGCGGCAGCUUGGCUCCGACCCCGUCAUGCCGCCCCUGGGGCAGCCCCUGGGCGCGUCU